AUGCAUCAACAUCCUCGUUCACCGGCGCCUGCAGCGCCGACCUCUUCAACGAGGUCAAACCGUUCAACAGAUCAUAGAGAGCUGGACACAGAUCCCAGCUCACCGUCUUCAGAUGUCAGGAUGCAUAAUGGCCGGGGCUUGGGUAUUGAACCGGAGACUGAACCAUCUGAGCAGGUACAGCGGAACACACAACCUGCAAAGGAAGCAAUGGCAAAGCUCAAUCAGAUCAUAACGUUCAAUGUCGAAAUCGAAGAUACGGACAUUCUCAGGGAGCAACUGCGGAUAUGGAGGACAUGCGAUGCAAUUGAAAAUCGACCGCCGCCAUUGAUUAUCGAGACAUACUUGGAGACAAAGGGACUCACAAACAAUCAGAGCCUCGUGAUCCUGGAUGAGAAUGGGAAGAGAUGGGAUGUCCUAGAAGCGCUUACUGCUUCUGGUCAGGCGAGUCCUGUGAGGCCACCGCAUUCAAAUUCUGAUGAUGUCAUCCUCGAGCGUUGGAGAGUUGAACUGGGUUCUGCAUCAUCCAAACCACCCUCCGACCUUGGCUCUAUCCUUCCGACCGUAUACAAGAAAAGUAUUGUCCUCUUCCGCUCUUUGUUCACAUAUUCCAAAUUUCUGCCCGCAUGGAAGUUUGCAAAGCGCAAUGGAAGGCUUCGCAGCAACCCGGCUUUACAAAUCAGAUAUAGAAUCCUAGACGGGCGCACGGCUUCGGAUCGCCGCCAAGUCGACCACUUGACUGUUCCGCUGUACGAGGGCAACACCAAAGUGGUGGAAACGUAUAGCUUUGGGGUUACGGACUCACCUGCAGGCCCUUUCUCGGUUGAGGUCACUUAUCGAACCAAUUGUGACUUCCGAGUGGAUGAUUCUGAAGCUCUAUUGAGUUCACGCUUUAUGGGAGCUGACGAUGAAAUAUUUCGUCCUUCCUUUCCGUCAAGGGAUGCCAAUAGAAGAGCUUCCAAUGCUGAACCGGGGUCGGCGCCGUUGGAGAAAAGGACCGUUGAGGAACCAGACCCUGGUCGUGCAUAUGGAAGCUUAUCAACCUUCCAUCAUGUAGGGCCUGCGACGGGCGCAAGUCCUAUAUCAGCCCUCCGGGCUGCAAGAGAAUCUGUUACAUCGUCACCAUCACCACCCUCUUCGGCUUCUAGGAGGCCUUUAUCGGCUGCCAGAGCUGCACCAACUGGACGCGCUGCUGCUCUCGCUGCCGAAGCCAGUCCUAGUCCCCUUAGGCGACCUUCUAUCUCGUUCCAGCCAUUCAAAGCGCCGCCUCUUUCUGCUUCACCUUCUCUAAUUGAUCCGCCCCUCGGGGCGUCUCCUCGCUCUAGGCCGAUAGUUAGUGCACCAAGCUCAGAGCCUAAACACAUGCCUCCUCCAUCUGUAGCGGCCUCUGGGCGUAAGACUGGGCAGGCAGCUUCAGAGAAUGCGAUUGCAUCGUCCAACUCGGCGUCCCCAAGACCCGCACCUAUUGCAAGAUACAGCAGCGCCUUCAGUCACCGCCGCGGUAGACCUUCUUCAGGAGGAAUAAACAAAAUCGAGGAUGACGCUUCUAGUGGUAAAGCCAGUGCAACAUCGUCCGGCGCUCAGCCCGGCUCUGGGUUACUUGCGGAGGUCACUGGAACGAGCGCAGAUUCUCUUCACGCAGAUGAUGAGAACAUUUCCGAAUUUUUGAAGAUGCUCGACUUGCGGAAGGACUUAUUGAGCCCUUCGAAUUUGUCCAACCUCGAUGCCGUUGCUCGCAGGACGACGGUAACAAGUGCAGCGCUAACUCGAUUCCAACGUAUGCGUGACUCAAACGCCGCUCUCUCAGAAUCAAUGUCAUCGUCCCUACUUCUGCAACGUUCAUCCAACGCCUCGAGCAAGCAACUCUCAGGAGUGCCACCAAUGGUAGCUGGGGCUUCCGUUUCCACGGCCUCUUCACCUGGGAAGCCUAUAUCACCUCAUACCCCCCAUACCCCGGCUAUCCCUUCUCGUCUAAGUUCAAACAGUAUUGUCGAUUACAAUGAUCACGGGCACAGCGACGGAAGGCUUCUUCAUGGAGGUCCUACCUCGCUGCCUGAGGAUACCACGGGCGAAGAGACAGCCUUGGUGCAUCGGCCUCCCACGGUUACUGCGAUCGAUAUUCCGACAUCCCCGCGCCUCUUUCCUCCUACAUACCGUCGCUCUAGCUCUGCUGCUCAGAAUCGGCGUUCUGUCGUGGCUGAUGAGGAGGAAAUCUUUCCUUUCAAUAUGCGUAGUGUCAGCCUUGGUGCGGAGGAGCGAACCAAUGUCAGUUUGAGCACGCUGCAUCGGCGGCACGAAUACCAUAAUGCCGCCACAAAUCCCGAACAACAACAGGAAAGUCAGCGUGCUUCAUCAUCAUCGGACCAAGGCCCGACUGCGCUCCCGAGCCCGGCCAAGCGUGAAACCCGCUCACAGGGGGAUGCGACUGUGUCUGGGCAGACACCAGAAUUAUCCUCGUCUGCUAAUCACAACUUGUAUCAACCGCGCUUGGGUCAGUUUCGUAGCCGAGGAUCUUUCGGUGGCGCCCAUUCCCUGAGCUCCGGCUCUAGCAGCUUAGCUCGUGGCGGUGGUAUCCCCACCUACCUCACUGAGCGCGACAAUGACCGGGAUGGCAACGCAAGCGGUAGCAAUAGUGGCAACUCAACGACAGAAGAGCGACGAGGAUUUGGCCGCCGUGUCAGUGCAGGCCGCAACUAUCCGCCACAUCCGUCGCAGGUCGAAGAGGACGAGCCUUUGCUGUUUGCCAUGAGUGAUUUCGGGGCUUCUAGAAGAAGUUUUGAAGAGGGCAGACAGGGUAAUCAUGGUGCUGACUUUGGUGGUUCGCGACGCGGCAGCGGCAGACGUGGUGCCGGCGUCCCGGGGUUUCACGUUUGGUCUUGA